GCGAGCGUUGGCUUCCGUCCUCCGGUUUGUGGUGCGUGGUCGCUAGGAGCCGCAGGAAGGCAAAGCGCGCGCAGUUUCCGUGAGGCCUGCCGGGAGUCAGGAGAGAAGCCCUUCUGCGUGCGAAGCCAAGAUGUCAGAAGACCUGGCAAAACAAUUAGCUAGUUAUAAAGCUCAGUUACAGCAAGUUGAAGCUGCUUUGACAGGAAAUGGAGAUAAUGAAGAUUUAUUAAAACUCAAGAAAGAUUUGCAGGAAGUUAUAGAAUUAACUAAAGACCUCCUUUCAACACAACCUUCAGAAACGCUUGCAAAUUCUGAUAGUUCUGCGUCUGCCCUCCCCAGUCACACUUGGAAAGUUGGAGACAAAUGUAUGGCAAUAUGGAGUGAAGAUGGACAGUGUUACGAAGCUGAAAUUGAAGAGAUAGAUGAAGAGAAUGGUACAGCUGCAAUCACCUUCGCAGGAUAUGGUAAUGCUGAAGUCACACCUCUACUCAAUUUGAAGCCUGUGGAAGAGGGAAGAAAAGCAAAGGAAGACAGUGGCAACAAGCCUAUGUCCAAAAAAGAAAUGAUUGCUCAGCAACGAGAAUAUAAAAAGAAGAAAGCUUUGAAAAAGGCCCAGCGUAUCAAAGAACUAGAACAGGAACGAGAAGAUCAGAAAGUCAAAUGGCAGCAGUUCAACAAUAGAGCAUAUUCAAAAAACAAAAAAGGCCAGGUAAAGCGGAGCAUCUUUGCUUCUCCUGAGAGCGUUACAGGGAAGGUUGGCGUUGGGACCUGUGGAAUUGCAGACAAACCUAUGACACAGUAUCAAGAUACAUCAAAGUAUAAUGUCAGGCAUUUGAUGCCCCAGUAAUUAAGGGGUAAAUUGUCAUAUUUGCAGGGCGUUACAUUUAUCUUUUUAUUGUUAUAUUUUUCUAACAGUAAACAAUUGGUGCGUAAUGUUGCCAUCACUUGGCUUUUGCUGGUACAAGCCUUAAUUAUUACAAAUAUUCAAAUGACCCCGUUAUUCUAAAAUUUUGUAUAGAUAUGCAAAAGUUAGAGUGUUGAAGAAAUGCCCUUUGCAAUAUUUUGAAGCCCUUGAUCGGAUACAGUGUCUUUACUCAGGCACAUACUGAGAAUACUACCAAGCAAAUAAGGAUGUAAUAAAAUAAUUAUCCCAUAUUUUUGCUCUGUUUGAUAUCUAUCAGUCCUGUUACCUUCCUACAACAGCACGAUUGUUUUUUAUUUGUUCAGAAAUAAUUCAGUUGAAAUAUUUAUUGGGAUUUUACUCUGAUUAAAUAUAUACUGGAAUGUGCUGAUAGGAAGGGUUUUUCAUUUGAAAGAGCAGAACCCUAGACCUACAAUCUUGGAAAAGAUAGCUAAACAGGAUUUAUGCUUAAUAAUGACUGUUUUCUCAAGAUGAGGGUUUGGUCUCAAAUCACACAUCCUUUCAUUAGUGCUGUGGGAUUCUAUAUCCAAUGGUUUUGCUAGCAUCGAAAUAUAACUUCCCAAGUCACUCCAAACCUGGUACAAGAAUUUGGAGAUUCCCCCACCUUAACUACAUAUGAGACAAUAUUGAGUAUGGAAUAGCUUAGAAACCUGCCAAACAUUUUGUUAUAGUUAAAAAAAAACUCAUGAGUGAGAGUGAGUUUUCUUUUCUCUCUGUGGAGUGAAAAAAUAUUAGGAACUGGCUGAUUUGUAUUGCGUUUCUAAAUACCAAAUUUUAUAAGUAUGGAAAAAAGGAUAUCUCUUCAGAAAAAAGAAAACAUGCUUAGCACUGGCAAACUGUAUUUAUAGAAGUUAAAAUUAAUAAGGAUUUAGUUAUGAGCUGCAUAAGUUUUUCUCAGUAAUUUUCAAGGACUAGCACUUUAAAACUGGGAGAUAUGAAAUACACAUUUGGAAGUAGUUAUUUCCAUUGAAAACUUAAUGGCUUAUUGUAAUGCAGUUAUUCCAUAUACUGCAGAGUCAUUUAGUGCUUAGUCAGUUUUACAGUUGAUUCAGCUAUACUUAAGUAUAGUUGGUGUUCUCUCCAAAUAAUGCCACAAUCCAACUGUAUUACUUUAGCUGAACAUUCUUGAUUUUAUUUGGAAAACCAUGUGUAAAUGUUCUGGCAUUGUCUCUUCUGGAUGAAAUUGCUUCCCUUUGCUGUGUGUAAUGCUUAGGGUAGUAAUGACAUCUUUUAAUCUUGCAAAUGUGUUUGAGAGAAAAAGUUAAUGUAUAGCCCUGUAUACAGUGUAGAUAAAUAUUUUUGUAAAAUAUGGUGUCAAUGAACAAGAGUGAAUUUAGUUAUUACUCUUAUUAAAUAAUUCAGAACUAAUUCUUGCUCAUUAAUCUGACCUCCAUUGCUUAUGUCUGUUACAUUGUAGUUCCCUUUUGUCAUGUUUUCUGAAUUAAAAUCAGGCAACAUCAAUACUUGUUGAUACACUCAUUAGUGAAAGUCUGCCAGUUUAUCUGCAUUUAAAUCCAUAACUGGUAGAUUAUAAUCCACCUAUAGAUUCUUCCCGUCAAGAAAAAGGCAAAGUAAUUUUUAUUACUGUGUUGAUCUCAGUUUUGUAUGUAACUUUUAUUAAAUAAAGUGUUUAAAAUCUGUUUGCUAUGUCCCUAAAACCUUGUUAAAAUGAUUUGAUAUAAAUUGAUACAGCAUUACCAAAGAGGAGGAGAAAUGUGCUGGUUAUACCAUUUAUGAGAAAAAUGCUCUUAUAAAGGUAUGAUAUGUUCUGGAUAUAAUAUGACUAUAUUUUAAGCUUUUGGGUAAUUGAACAACAUAGCUACAAACUUUUGUGUUAUAAUAUUUUAUGGAUAAAUAAGUACCUUCUUUAUUUGUGAAAAUUAGUUUUUUAAAUGCAUAAAGCUAGAAUUGUUGGAAAAAAGCAAACACAAACUGAAUUCACUAAAGGAGUUUAGGAUCGGAGUCUGUAACUCAUUCUUGUAUCCAGAAUAGGUCUUGAGCUAUUGCUUCUUUACAAAAUUUUGUUAUAUCUUGGAAACCACUUCAAAAGCAACUUGCAAUUCAUCAUGAAAUUUGCUCCUCUGUGAAUGCUGAAAACAACAACUUGUAAUUCAUCUGCUUUGUAGGUGUUGAGCAUGCAACCCAACAUGGGCAGGAGCAUCCAGCACAUAUAUGCUGCUGCACCCAUGUGAAAUGCUAGGGUGUAAUUCUCAAAGCAUGUGAGCACUGGAGUUAAGUGUGUUGAUUGUGUUUUGGAAACUUCUAUUAAUAUAGGUGAUACCAGAAAAUAGAAAAGUAACAAACUUAUUUGAAAUAAAAUGUCAUAAAAUUUAUUUAUAUAUUUAAACAAGUUAAUAUAGAUGGCCACAAACAAAAGAAUUAUGUUUACAAUGAUGAAAAUGCAACAAUGUUGUCAGCACCGUCCCUGCACCAUUACAGAUAGAGAGAUGCAAUCAGCAUUUUGGUAUUGUUUUAUAUACCAGCACUGGUCAAUCUGCGUAUUAGAGAUUUAUUGGGAUGUUUUGUAGCUUUCAAAUCCUCAAAAAAAUACCAGUUGGCUACAGAGUCAAUAUGUAAUUGUCAUAGUUCAGGUAAGUUAAGAGGAAUUGAAACAGUGAUAGAAGACAUCUUAAAAGUGGGCUUGCACUGAAAUUCAUAGGUGGUUAAAAUAUACAUUUGUUCAGGAUACAUUUAUUUAGUAUUGGAAUUGCAUUUUUGGAUUAGUGCAAUAUCAUAGUACUAUGUAGAAUCAGCACCAUGUGAUUUCCCCCUUUAAAGAUUAAAAAAAAUUCCAUAAUCUAUUAAAAACUGAAAAAAUUCCUGAUUUUUUUUCUUCUUCUCCUGAUAAAUAUCUGAGUAACACAGAGGUACAAACCCUAAUUUUUGCUUUAGAUAUUGGCUAACAUGAUAGAAUAUAAAAUGAGUGCAUUAGAUUUAAGGUCCUGUUUUGUAUUUACUUUUUGUCAUAAUAGCUGCAAACUUAAAUGCUAGUAAGAUUACAUUGCAAUUUCAUUAGCUUGUUUCUUUUAGUAGCAAAACAGUAAAUGCUUUUUUUUUUUUUUGCUAGGAAUCAAAAUAUAUGUGUUGGGGUUUUCCAACUAAGAUGUCAUAUUAGAAUUAUAUCCUUUGCUAUGAGUAGGUUUGAACAUCACAAGCAGGGUUUAUAUACUUCAGUUGAGUAAGAAUAAUCUUUACAAAUCCAAGAUCUACAGUACAUGGUGUGGUGGUUGAGGAAAAGAAUAGAUGGAAAGUAAUUUUUAGCAAUUGUGAUUUUUAAAAGCAAGUUAAUGCAAGUAAUAUGAUACUCGGUAAGUGCAGAAUUGUGCACCAGCUGAUUUCAGUAAAAGCACUGUCAGCACUGCCAGAAUAGUUUUGUCUGUAAAAAUAACUAUCUUGCUAUUUAUUUGAAUUACAUAUUUAUUGUAAUAGGUAAACAUUUUAUACAUACAAGAUGCUAACUUGCAUCCACUUGAAAUGUACUCCAAAUGGAGCUUAAUAAGCAAUUUAAAACAGCCAGCAAGGUACUAUGGAGGAAAAAAAUGCCUGCAUAUAUUCCCCUCAUUAUGACCAAUUGCAACUUUGUAUACUGUGCCUUAAUAAGCUGAAAUUGGUAGUGUUGGAUUCAGUAAAUUGGCUUUCAUCUUUGACUUGUUUGCUAUGUGUAUUUAAGUACUAUUAGGAAGUAGCCUAAUAAAGCUCCUUCAUGGGGUUUAAUAAUUUUAUUAUUCUAUGACUAUAUUUUUAGGGAUUUUUGUAUUUGGUGUCUUAAGUUUCUUUUGCUGCUAGAAAUAAAAUAUAAAUAUAGUGGUUAGAGCUUGUUCAAGUUAUUUGUAGUCAUAGGGCCUUAUCCUGUUGGUCUUUAUUUGCCUUAUUGUUUCAACAUUUACAGAUGCCCUAAAUAAAGUACAGAUUGAGUGACCUGAUCAGUGCAUGCCAGACUCAUAGCAAUAACCACUAGGAAAUCCUGCCAGACUAUUUCUUCAGCUGUUAGUAAAUGUAACCUUUGGCAUAGCCCAGGAUAAUUAUUUUUGAAAGCUUCUAAAGGCAGAACCAUCAGCUCAGCAAUGAAAAAUUGAUCAGUGUAUUUGUUAGUUACUUUGUCCAGUGCUAAAGUGAACUGGCCCUGAGAUACAAACUCCUGCUUCUUUCACAGACAAGACUUACUGUUUCAGUGUUAAAUUCCUAGAAGAACAUUUCAAAAUAAAACCCUGUAUUGUACAUGUUACUGUAGGAUGGGGAAGAAUACCAAAGAUGAUAGCAAUAUCUGAAGCACAAGGAAGCAUUUACAAAAUAAAGUGAGGUACUUUCAAUUGAUACUAUCUAGAACUACUUCAAUAUACUGUAUUUGUGUCUUAGCUAUUUUUUAAAAGGUGUGCAUAUCAUUUAAGGAAUCUUUAGAAUCCCUUGAAAAACAUUUUAGCACAUGUCAAGCAUUCUUUAUAUGUUUUCUGAUUUGACCAGCUAAAUAAAACAAUCAAGAUUCUACUUAGUAAAACAGCUGCAAAGAAAAAACUACCAAUAAUGCUGACAAAUCUUUUUUUAGUAUUUCUUUUAUUUAUAA